AGCCAAAGCAAAGCCCAAGUCCGGAGAGGGAGCUGACCACCCUCCUUGGUGCUGAAACGUCCCGCCGCGCUGGGAGAAUGUUGGAAGGCUUCUGAAGCACUCUUGGCCACUUCUGCUCCCUGCAGGAUCCAAUCCGAAGUCCUCCAGCCUAUCCUCUUCAGUAGGGUUAAAGGGAUGGCCAAGCUCUAUACCAAGCCCAAAGAGAUGGCUGACCUUAUAUCUUCUCAGCCCUGGAUGGAUGAAGCCCUCAGUUCCCAAGAUGAGAUGAAGGAGGAAGACAGCAGACAAACACCCUAUGGGAUUCUUGCUAGCCUCAAUGAAAUUGAACAUGACAGCAUUGAGGAAGAAGAGGAGGAAGAAGAUGGUGGGAAGCCAAAGAGAAGGGGCCCAAAGAAGAAGAAGAUGACCAAGGCAAGGUUGGAGCGGUUCAGAGCUCGCCGGGUGAAGGCUAACGCACGGGAGCGAACUCGUAUGCAUGGGCUAAAUGAUGCUUUGGAUAACUUGAGGCGUGUGAUGCCCUGCUACUCUAAGACCCAGAAGUUGUCCAAAAUUGAGACACUGAGACUAGCCAGGAACUACAUCUGGGCUUUGUCAGAAGUACUAGAAAGUGGACAGUCUCCAGAAGACAAAGGUUUUGUGGAUAUGCUGUGCAAAGGUUUGUCCCAACCAACUAGUAACCUGGUUGCUGGUUGUCUACAGUUGGGACCUCAGUCCGUUUUCUUGGAGAAACAUGAGGAGAAAGCACCAAUUUCUGACUCAGUGAUGCCCUCUCACAGUUUUUCCUACCAGUCUCCAGGGCUGCCCAGUCCACCCUAUGGGAAUAUGGAAAACCAUCUUGUCCAUCUAAAGCCACCAAGCUUUAAAAGCCUAGUGGAUCCUUCCUUUGGCAACCACCACCCAGACUGCACAUCUCCAUCUUAUGAGGGUCCUUUGACACCCCCUCUGAGCAUCAGUGGGAAUUUUCCCCUCAAGCAAGAUGGGUCUCCUGAUCUGGAAAAAUCAUAUAGCUUCAUGACACACUAUCCUUCUGUUACCCUGGGCAAUGCUCAUGGGCACAGCUCUCAUUUCUCAACCACAGUGCCCAGGUAUGACAUCCCCAUAGAUAUGACCUAUGACUCCUAUCCUCACCAUGUUGUGGGGGCUCAGCUCAAUGCAAUAUUCAGUGAAUGACCCAAGAAGUUAAAAUAUGCUCCAGGAUAAAAAGGCAUCUGAUGCUUAAUAGAGAUGGUGUGACAUCUGUAGCAUUAAUACGUUUGGGAGGGGGGACUUGUUCUGCUCCUUA